GAGAUAUUCUCCUUAGCCAGAUGUGAACCACCAUCAUAUUCUGUUGUUGACCAUUUCAAAAUACGGACAUCCCGUCGGCGCCCCGGCCGAAGUGGAAAGUCAGCUUCGGCACGCUGAUCUCCUCCGCGCCCGACGGCAAUUUGAAGCACAAGUCCAGACCCGUCGACCCGGAUUCGUCCACCGUCAGAUCCAUCUGCUUCUUAAACUCACUCUUCAGCGCCGCGAACGCCUCCGUCUGUAGGUACGUCAGGGUGGUGCUGGAGUCGAUUAUCAUCUCGCCGCUACCGUCGCGGCUCAGCUUGAACGCCGCCUCGGCCACGGGGAGCCGCGUGUCGCUGACGGUUAUCCCCUCGAGGGUAAUAUAGUAAAACGACGGCUGUGAGGGAUUUUUUUACCAGAGGGGUAGUGACUUUUGUGGAAUUCCCAGAUUUGCCCCCGGAUAGGGACCCAUCAGAAGCGUGCUCUUUGCGCCGCCCUCGAUGGCGGACAGGGGAGGCGGGCGAAAGAAGACGAUUUUUCGGGGUCGAAAAUCGGGGUUUUCUGCUGGAAGCAACUCCUGCAUGGCUUACACUGAGAAGUCACUGCCUGUGUCCACGAUUGCCUCGAACGGUGACGGCGGAGUCCUGAUGGACAGUUCCAUAAAGCACUCGCCGGAGCCGGGGUGUACCAUCGACUUCAAGUCGGAUCGCCCCGUCCCAUCCGCCAUGCUGAGCCUGUGGAGCCGGUAACUGCCGCGCUUCAUGUUGAGUCUCAGGCGUUCGAUUCCGGCCAAGUUUCUGCCAGAAUCGACGUGCCGGAGAGUCGCCCGGAACCCUCUGCUCAUGUGUUUGAGCCCGUUUCUAGAGUUGGAAGCCACCGAGAGCACAAACAAGAUUGAAACGGAAAUAAUGGCGAUAAAGAAGAUCAACGGAAAGGAAAGGCAUAGCAGCGCAAAGAUCAGUCAUGAAGCAGAGGCAGACACAAAAGUUAGUGGGACCAUCAGCCCAACAGCCAAAGUAAAAGAUUUGAGGAAUUAUAGGGUUUUUGUUGCAACAUGGAAUCUGGGUGGAAAGACUCCCAAUCAUGGACUCAACCUGGAAGAUUUUUUGCAAGUGGAGGACGCCCCUGACAUUUAUGUCCUCGGGUUUCAGGAAAUAGUGCCGUUGAACGCGGGAAAUGUGUUAGUGAUUGAAGACAAUGAACCGGCAGCGAGGUGGUUAGGCUUCAUAAGUAAAGCACUUAACAAACCAAGUCACUCAUCAUCAUCAUCAGCAACAUCUGAAGGGAUAGUGAGAUCGAAUUUUUUCCACAGGCCAUCUCUCAAGGUCCUUAGCCGCAACCUAAGGGCAAACCAUGGCCUCCUUAAGGCAUGCAACUGCCAUUUAGACUCCCCGAGACGGCUCCACAAGAUUGGGGCUACAGCCGAGUGUCCUCCCCAUGCCCCAUCCACUAGAAUGAAUGACGAUGUUGACUUCUCUUAUGCACAAGUUUCUGGUGAGAAUGUGUCAUCAAUAGCUGAUUUGUAUUAUAAUCUCAUAGCUAGCAAGCAAAUGGUUGGGAUCUUUCUUUCCAUUUGGGCACGUAAGGACUUGGUUCCCCAUAUUGCUCAUCUACGAGUUUCAUGUGUUGGAACCGGAAUCAUGGGCUAUCUUGGCAAUAAGGGUUGUAUAUCAAUCAGUAUGUCUGUGCACAAAACAAGUUUUUGCUUCGUAUGCUGUCAUCUAUCUUCCGGGGAGAAAGGAGGGGACGAGUUAAGAAGAAACUCAGAUGUUGCUGAGAUUUUAAGAAGCACCCAAUUUCCCAGGAUUUGCAAGAUUUCGGAUCGUCCUUUUCCCCUAAAUAUCAUUGAUCACGAUCGUAUAAUAUGGAUGGGAGACUUGAACUACCGAAUUUCUCUUAGCUACGAGGAGACAAGGUCGAUGUUAGAGGACAAUGAUUGGGACAUUCUAUUAGAGAAGGAUCAGUUAAAUACGGAAAGAAAGGCGGGAAGAGUGUUCAGGGGUUGGAAAGAAGGAAAAAUAUUGUUCGCUCCAACCUACAAAUACUCUCUUAACUCAGACUUGUAUGCCGGAGAGAAUGUCACAUCAAAGAAAAAACGCCGCACGCCUGCUUGGUGUGACAGAAUAUUGUGGCAUGGAAACGGAAUGGAACAGAUAUCAUACAUAAGGGGGGAAUCAAGAUUCUCUGACCACAGACCCGUUUGUGCUGUAUUUUCAGUGGAUGUUGAAAUGCAUCGUAAACCGUCCAAGUAUCGCAAGGGGUUCUCAUGCACCAUAAAUUAUGAAGACAACCCCUUACAAGGCAACGACUGCUUCUUCUAAUUUCUUCGUCUAAUCAACUGUUUCUUUACCAUUCUUGUAGCAUACUUGUAUAAUAUGUAUGUUAAUAAUAUAUAUUUGUUGUGAUAUCUAUAUAUUUAAUAAUCUCUGGAUAUUCUUCUUAAUAAGAAAUUUCCUAAAUGAAUUUACAAGAGUUCAUUGAGACCCUAUUUAUACUCAUCGGGCUUGAUGAUGAAUCAUACCU